AUGACUGAAACAACGACGAGUAGCCAAAGAACUCCUCUUUCUUUUUGGGGUUUCAUUCAAGCCGAAUUUACUCGUGAUUAUAUGCUCGAAUGUGAAGAACAAAAGUACCUAGAAAAGCGAGAAAGAAUAUAUAAUUUUCUCUUGAUGUCAUCAAGUCUUGAGAAGUUUAUGCUCUAUGGAUUUUGUCAAUGUUUGGAUACAUUUCUAUACGUGUGGACUUUCUUACCGAUGCGUAUUACACUUGCUCUCAUGCAAGCAAUUGGCACAUUAUGUCGUUUUCGAACUUCAAAACCGAAUCGUUUAUUUGAACCAGCACAAAUUAUUGACAUGGUCAAAGGCUUAGUUGUACUCGGUUGUGCUGCACCCAUGUGUUUUAUGGAUAUUUCCGUAGUAUACCAUACAGUUCGUGCUCAGGCUGCUAUCAAACUGUAUAUGUUUUUUAAUAUGCUUGAAGUAUGUGAUCGUUUGCUAUCUUCAUUUGGUCAAGAUACACUUGAUGCUGUCUAUUGGACGGCAACUGAACCGCGUCGUAAACAUAGUGCUUGGAAAUUACUUUUGUGGCUUAUUAUCGCUAUUACUUAUUGUACAAUUCAUGCUAUUCUUGUACUUCUUCAAGCCAUUACAUUGAAUGUUGCUUUUAAUUCCCAAAAUAAAAUGCUAUUAAUUAUUAUGUUAACAAAUAAUUUUAUUGAAUUAAAACAUAGUGUAUUUAAAAAAUUCGAUCGAAAUAAUUUAUUUCAACUAUCAUGUAGUGACUGUCGUGAGCGUUUUCAUUAUGUUAUUUUAUUAUUUGUCGUUUGUGUACGUAAUCUUGAUCAAUUUAAUUGGGAUAUGAGUCAAUUUUGGCCGUUAAUUGAUUUUAUUGUUGUGGUUUUUGUUGUUGAAUUUUUCGUUGAUUGGGUAAAACAUGGAUUUAUUUUAAAAUUUAAUGAACUUUCGUCUGAAGUCUAUCGAGAAUAUAUAUUAAGUCUAGCACUGGAUAUGGUUAAAACAAAACAAGAUAUUGCAUUAUCCGAUUAUACGGAUUUGCUUAGCCGUCGAUUAGGAUUUAUUCCAUUACCAUUUGCUUGUCUUAUUUUUGGUGUACUUUUUCAAACAAUUAAUGUUAAAACAGUUUUAGCAUUCAUGAAUGUUCUAUUAGCAUUUCUAUGUCUAUUUGCAACAAAACUUGCUGUCGGAACAAUUUUAUUGGGUGUUUCCUGUGAAUAUAUAACUAAUAAUCGAAAAGAAACUAUAACCAGUGCAGCUCCGAUAAAGGAACAAAUGGCAAAUACUAAUGUUACUACAAGUGAUCAGUCAACUGCUGAAACAACGGCAAUAAUCACACAGCCAAUAGAAAAAACACAUACACGAAGUAUGAGCCUCGUACAUUUAAAUAAACUAAUUAGUAAACAAGAACUAUGUCAACCGUCAACAUUACCAUCAGUUGAUGGUGGAGAUGAAUUGAAUGAAACAUCCUUUCGUGAUGCUGACGAUAAUUAUCAAUGUUUAACCAAUGAUCAAAAUUGUCCACCAGUCUUGAUAUUUUCAAAAGCAUCAACAUCAAAUAUGAGCAAUAUUGAAAAUAUAAAUAAUAACAAUAGCUCAACAAUAACAACGAAUACAGAUGAAGGAAUUGUUUUUACAGCGCAAUCGUCAACACCAAAUAGAAAACAAGACUUGAACGAUGUUCAGAGAUAUAAAAUGUGUGGAAACUCAAUUAUUAUUUAA